AUGACUGGUCGCGCUGCCGUCGUUCUGAUGCUGCUGCUGGUGGCCUUCGGGCCCUGCAACGUUGCGGCUUUGCCUGGCUCCAGCACCACCCCUGACAUCGUCUCGACCAUCACCACGACGGCUAUGGCGUCGUGUGGGUGCACCAACGCCUCCCUCUUCACGGAGAACUCGCCUGUGGCCGCCUGCCGCAAGGCUAUUCUGAUUGAAACCAUCGAUCGCCUCAUCAACGAAACGUUUGGUGACCGCCUUGCUCAGCUCGAGGCGGCCGUCCAGCCUACCACGACAACGCCUACAUGUUUUGCGGCUGACACCCGCUUCAUGCUAGCCAACGGCAGCAGUGCACCCCUGACGGCCAUGACCACCGGUGACAUUCUCAAGUGCGUCAACAACACGGAUGGCACCGUCAUCGACUGCCCCAUUACAACCAUGGGCCACGUCGAGCACACGCUCGAGACGACUUUUAUGCGACUCCACUACGUUGACAGCCAAAACCAGCCUCAAGUGCUGGUCGUCACGCCCGAUCACUUUUUGUUUGCCCCUACAAAGAACAUGACCGAGUGCGGCAACUUGCCCAACGGCGACUACAUCGCCGCCUACAACUUUGGCGUAGGAUCCCCGCUCGUGGUGUACGAGAAUGACUGCCUCCGCACCACCCUCGUCACGGCAGUGGACCACGUUGUGCAAAAUGGUUUUUACUCACCCGCCACCACCACCACCACCGUGGUUGCCGAGGGCGUGGUCGCUUCCAUCUAUUCCGAGAGCGAGCUUUCACCGGACUUUUAUGACAUCCUCAUGUCGCCCCUGAUUCGUGAAGUGGAGAGCAACUUGCCCAUCAAGGACUACGAGAAUGGCCUCCAUCCCUACAUUCUGAAGGUGUUUGAGAUCAUCACCACUGAGCUUACCCCCGAGGAGGCUGCUUAUGCCUAUGACGCUGUCGAUCAGGAGUUCCGCGCCAAGAACGGUGUCAUGACCAAAGAGGAGAUCACCCAGGUCUUCUUGGACGCCAAGGGCAGCCUUUAAAGAAACGCUUCCCAGCGUUGUCUUCUUGCGGCUGCAGUGUCCUGUGUGCAACGCAAGCUUGUCGCUUGUCUGUUGCCACCUUGCCUCUCUCAUCGCGACGCGCCAUCUCAAGCCCGUCCCAAUUGAAUGCAAGAGAGA